GUGAUCCUCCUCCUGCGAUAACCUGGUGGCAAGAUUCCAUCCUGUUAGAUGAUGACUAUAUCAUUACUCCUCUAAGAAUAGCGAGGAACGAAUACGUUAUUAAUGUCCUGCAGAGAGAACAGCUAUGGAGCACUCUCACUUGCCAAGCUACUAAUACGAACUUCUCGACUCCUGCCUCAAGUUCCAUAACAUUAGAUUUAAACUUGAAACCUUUGCACGUCCGCAUUACAACGAGACGGCGGCCCUUGUCGGCAGGUCGAAGGGUUGUACUGACGUGCCGAUCCAGGGGCUCAAGACCACCUGCUAGAAUGACAUGGUGGAAAGACGGGAAGAAAAUCUUCUCAGCGUCCGCGAUAACAACAUCAGAAAACAUCAGCAUCAGUGAGUUGCCUUUUACACCUGAAAUCGAUGACCACGGGAAGAUAUUAAGGUGUAGGGCAGAUAAUCCAGACAUCAUAAACAGUGCCUUAGAAGAUGGAUGGAAACUGGAUGUCAUUUAUUUACCAAAGCUCACACUCACACUUCUAAAAAGUGACGAUUCUGUUAAGGAAGGGGAUAAUGUUGGUUUUGAGUGCAACGUUAAAGCAAAUCCUAUGGUUUCCGAAAUCAGCUGGCGAUUUAAUGGAAAACGUUUCGUCAGCAAUCCUAACAAAGGGAUAAUUAUCAACAAUCACACCUUAGAGCUCGAGCUGGUCAAGAGGGAUACGGCUGGACGAUAUCGAUGCGAGGCAACAAACGUAGAGGGCCAAGGCAUCAGUGAAGAAGUCAUUUUAAGAAUAAACC